UCCUGGCCUGGUGGUUCCUGGAGGCAGAGAGGAACCUAAAUUUAACUCAACUAAUCACUACUACACAACACCAACCCCACCGUCUCCUUCUCUCCUUCUGGUUCGUUUACGCGGUUGUGUUCACGGGAUCACGAAUUCCGCGGGAUCUCUGGACUCGACUCGGCUUUCUUGGUUCCGCGUCAAAACUAAACAAAAAGAACCAUGAAUGGACUUUAUUUUGAAGUGAAACCCACAAGGAAUAUCUCCCGUGGGGUUCAUUUAUCUUCUGAGUACAAUCCAUCCAUUUCUUCUGAGACAAUUUGUGACGAUAUGAUGGAGGAGGCAGUGGAGGAAGCGCAGUACAAACUGACAUUAAUCGGCUCUCUCCCGGUCCACCGUAUGACCACCAUGGCGAUGCUACCCUGGGUGGUGGCCAACAUUAGCAGGUCACAGGAGCCCGGUCCAACUGUGUCGCUAUGCGUGUCGCCGUCGUGGGUGCGGUGUGUUUGUGUGCGGACCGAAGGGCUGCUUUGGGACCCCCUGACGCACACUGUGCUGUUUGAGUGCCCACCCCACCAGGUGACCAAGCUCAUUCACAAUAGCCAGGAGCCUAGCAGUUUUGGAUGCCUGCUCAGAGAUGCUCCAUCCUGUGCCUGUUACGUGUUCAAGUGCCAGGACAGCAACAAGGUCCCUGAAAUCAUCAGCACACUACGGCAAGCUGGCAAAAGCUCUGCACGCAAUGAUGACACUUUUACCAUUCCCAACAAGACCUUGGCAGAUCCUGGAGACCCCAAGCCAUUGGAAACGCACAUCACCUUUAAUUCUCUUUCCGCAGCAGGUUCUGUGGCGAACAACCCUGCCCUGUCCCCAGCAACCUUUGCCAAAAAGUUUGAGGUGCUCUUUUGUGGCCGUGUGACUGUUGCGCACAAGAAGGCCCCCCCUGCUCUAAUUGACGAAUGCAUUGAGAAGUUCAGCCAGCUAGCUCAGGGCUCAGGGACCACUAAAAAAGGGGUAAAUGCCGGGGGAUUAGUCGGUGGACUGAAGAGGGCAUUAGCUUUCCAGUCUAAUGGACUGGGGAGUCCUACUUUAGGUAAUGGUGCUACUGGGAGCCCCACCAACGGAAAACGCCCAUUGCUAUUCAAACGGGACCCCAGCUUUCCAUCUCUGCAGGCCCUGGAUGAGAAUGGACUCUCACCAGAGAUCUCUCAUGCCAAAACUACAGAUGCACUCACUCACUCACCUGGGGUGCAGCCCACCAGCCUUCAGGAGAACAGGACCAUGCUGUUUACGGUGGGCAGAUCACAGAUCUUUUUGGUUAGUCCAGACACUAAGAAGGUUGCCAUCGAAAAGAGUUUCCGUGAAAUCUCUUUCUGCUCACAAGGUAUUCGCCAUGUGGACCACUUUGGCUUUAUUUGCAGGGAGACUAUGGAAAGAGGAAGCUGCCACUUUGUUUGCUAUAUCUUUCAGUGUACGGAUGAAUCUCUGGUGGACGAGAUCAUGCUGACCUUGAAGCAGGCGUUCUCCGUAGCAGCUGUGCAACAGAAUGCAAAAUGCCAGAACCAGCAGUGUGACAGUUGCCCCAUGCUGCAGCUCCACAAGCUGUGUGAGAGAAUAGAAGGUCUCAAUGCGUCUAAAACCAAACUAGAGCUUCAGAGACACCUGGCUAGUCUGGACAACCAGGAUCAAGCUGCAAUCUUUGAGAGUACUAUGAGGUCUCGUCCUAAAAGCGAACAGGAAGAAAAUGAGCUUACAAUGGCAUCUUUGAGGAAUUUGUAUGAGGAGAGACAGAGGAUUCAUCAUCACACUCUGCCAAAUGACACCAAGCAGAAUGAUGAGGCAGCGGCCGCUCCAGUUGAGGUGCAGCAACAAAGUAGCAGUCGACAGCGUCUUGAACAGUUUAAGAGUCGAGCGAAACGCUCGCUAACGGAAUCCUUAGAGGGUAUAUGGAAGGGAAGCAGCAAGGCUGUUGCUCUGAGGGGCAACAGUGAAAGGAGCCAUAGUGUAUCCUCCAUUUCUACUGUCAAUAGCCAGGACCAGUCCUGCCUAGAUGACUCCCGAUCUAAUUCCUCCCAAUUGCACCCCACCAGCUCCCUCAAGUGCCACAACUCAACAGGAGACUUGAAGCACCUUGACCCCUUUGCUUCCCCAUCUUCCUCCCCCUCCUCCUCUUUACCAGGUGAUGGUCAGCCAAUAGGCUUCCGGAGACGGGCCAGCACCUUCAGCCACCCACCUACACCCUCCUCAGCAGAUGAUUCACCAGCACGCACUUUAACACAUACGCCACAGCAGGACCCUGCGGCUGCUUCAAAACCCAAGCUCUUACGACACUACUCUGUCAGCACUGACACGCCACACCGAAACAAACGUGUUCCAUCCAACACCGCCCUUCCUCCCGUUCCUUACUGCUCUUCGUCCUCCUCUCCUCUGCUCCUUCCUUCUUCCCCUUCAACCGGAGCAAGGCUCAGUAAAAGACGUCCUCUGGGUGGACUACGUGCUCGACUCCACGCCUCAUCCUCUGUUCCUAAUUUUUUGAAAUUUCAAUUUCUGGCUCCUGUCGAAGAAAAUGACAGCACAGAAACAACGAGCAGAAGGCCAUUGUGUCACUUUGUUUUUAGAGAUGUAGCAGCCCUCUAUGUAUCAAGUACAGAAUGUGAAGUUGGGGAAAGCCCUCUGCGUAGUCACCGACACUCCUGGAGGCAGCAGAUCUUCCUGCGAGUUGCAACCCCUCAGAAAAACACAGAUGUCAUUGAGCGCGGAGACAAUCUCGAUGGGGGUUGGGCAUGUGGAGGCCAAGCUGUUGGUGCAGGAAAUGUGGACUUGCCCAUGAGGGCUCAGCCCGAAGAGCGAACCAGAAGGAGCAAAGAGGAGUUGAGGGAACUAUGGAGAACAGCCAUUCUGCAGCAAAUCCUCCUGCAAAGGAUGGAACGAGAGAACCAGAAAUUGCAGGCUUCUGAGAGUGAUUUGCAGAACAAGCGUCUCAAGCUGGACUAUGAGGAAAUCACUCCUUGUCUCAAGGAGGUCACGUUGGUCUGGGAGAAGAUGCUGGGAACUCCUGGAAGGGCAAAGGUCAAAUUUGACCAUGAAACCAUACAUUUGUCAGUUGCACAAGGGGUGCCGAGGCAGCAUCGAGGAGAGAUCUGGAAGUUCCUCUCUGAACAGUAUCUGCUCAAGCAGACGGUCCCCUCCCGUCCACCGACCAAUGAUUCGCCAUACAAAGAGCUGCUCAAACAGCUGACCUCACAACAGCACGCCAUCCUUAUAGAUUUGGGUCGCACUUUUCCCACUCAUCCCUAUUUCCAAGCCCAGCUGGGGGCGGGACAACUGUCUCUGUAUAAUAUCCUCAAGGCCUACUCGCUGCUGGACCCUGAGGUGGGAUACUGCCAGGGCUUGUCCUUCAUUGCUGGAGUUUUGCUGUUACACAUGGGGGAAGAGGACGCCUUCAACAUGCUCAAAUUUCUCAUGUAUGAUGUCGGCCUCCGCAAACAGUACAGGCCAGAUAUGAUUAUCCUGCAGAUUCAGAUGUACCAGUUGUCACGUCUGCUCCAUGACUAUCACCGGGAUCUCUACAGCCACCUGGAGCAACAGGAGAUCGGGCCCACUCUGUACGCCACGCCAUGGUUCCUCACCGCUUUUGCCUCACACUUCCCCCUCGGCUUUGUGGCAAGAGUCUUUGAUAUGUUGUUCCUCCAGGGGCCAGAGAUCAUCUUUAAGGUGGCCCUGAGUCUCCUGGGGAGCCACAAGCCUCUGAUCUUGCAACAUGACAGCCUGGAGUCCAUUGUGGACUUCAUCAAAACCACACUGCCCAACCUGGGCCUGGUGCAGAUGGAGAAAACCAUCAAUCAGGUUUGUGAGAUGGAUGUGUCCAAACAGCUUCAGGCGUAUGAGGUGGAGUACCACGUCUUGCAGGAUGAACUCCUGGACACGCCCCCGACCCUCAACCAACAUCAGCGCGCUGCACAGCUGGAAAGGACCAAUCAGAGCCUGCGACAGCAGAACCUUGAUCUCCUCGAGGAGCUGCAGGUCUCGUAUGCUCGGGUGUGCAGCCUAGAGAGUCGAGUGGCGGCACUGGUACAGUCAGAGAGCAAGUUAAAGGAGCAGGUUUCUUCCCUGGAGGUGGAGAAGCAACAGCUGGCAAGCACGGCCGCGCGUCUCCAAAACCUGCUCGCCAGCCUGGGCAUACAAACGACUCCUGAUGGCCAUAGCCUGCCCCCGGCCGACGCAGAAUUAUGCGCAACCCAAAUCACAGUGGGUAUGCAAGCAAGUCAUGAGGAUUGGACUUUGGACUCCCUGCACCAACCUGUGUGCGUAGUGGAGAAGGUGGUCACUGGACAAGAGGAGACCUGAUUCUCAAUGUAGUACAUCCUCUGCUUUAGCUCCAGGCCUCUCAAAUUAAAAGCGGAGCAGGUCAGAGACAGGAGCAUCGUUUCCAAACCUCUUGUGUGAUAAACCAGCAUGUGAUUAGACCAGUUUGUCCCAAAGAUGGCACUGCCCCCCAAACCCCCAAUGGUCCUCACAUUAGCACUUGUACUGUAAGCUACAAGAAGCCAGCACACCAUGCGAGCCAUUUGUUCCCAAAGAGUGUAAAAGUGAGCACGUGUACGACUGAAGAAAUAAAUUUCACUCAUAAAGCAUUGAAGAGUCCAGAAAGACGCAAGCUAAAUGAUGUUGGCUCAUGCAUUUCAUAUUUCAUUUAUGUUACAAGAAGAACAAUAGUCUGCAGUUGCGCCUUCAAGUCAAAGACUUUCACUUUUUUUAACUUAAAAUGUCCUCGUGAGCAUGAACCUUUACUGUAUUGGUUACACUGUAUCCCUUCCACCAGACCUGCCGUCUCAAGCCAUGUAUGCAAGUGUGUUUGUGCACUGGUCGCAGCAAUCAGUUGGCGUUACACUGUAAACAUAUUUUAUCCACUGCACCUGUUUUGUUUUGUUUUAACUGAUUAUUCUAUUCUUGCUAAUUUACACUUAAAUAUAUUCAAUAUCAUUUAAACACAAACCUGUUUCUUUGUGGUUGUGUGUAAAAUGCUCUCACGGGUGCCACACGUGCUUAAAGAUGGUGUUAGUAUCCCUCUUGUCUAAACACGCCAAGUCAGUAAACACUACGUACCUCAUAUAAUGAUUGAAUACAUGGCAAUAUAACUGCAGGACGCACAGCAUUUAAAGAGCAAACGUAUGCUGGUUUCCAGGAAUUCCUCGUGGUUGAAAGGAGAGUGGGGAGAAUGAACGUGUCGGCACAAGUUGUCUCUUUGUUAGUGUUUGUCACACAAACUAUCAGCA